UGCCACGAGGUACCCUCAUUAAAAUCAAAAGGAAAUGGGUGAGAACACAGCAAGGAGAGGCCCGGGGGAGUCAUCAGCAGGAGUGAAGGGGCAAGCAAGGAGGCAGGCUCUUCUGCCCGCUCCUCACCUCCCUUCCAGGAUGAAACCUCCCCCUGUCCUGACCUUCCUUUGUGUCCUGGCGGCUCUGGCCAGCGGGAACCUGGUGCAGUUUGGGAUAAUGAUUGAAAAGAUGACAGGGAAGUCAGCACUGCAGUACAACGACUACGGCUGCUAUUGUGGCCUUGGUGGCGCCCAUAGGCCUGUGGACCAGACUGAUUGGUGCUGCCAUGCCCACGACUGCUGCUAUGGGCGAGUGGAGAAGCUGGGCUGUGAACCCAAGCUAGAGAAGUAUCUCUUCUCUGUCAGCCAGGGUAGCAUCGUCUGUGCCGGCAGGACCACAUGCCAGAGGCAGACCUGCGAGUGUGACAAGGAGGCUGCGCUCUGCUUCCGCCAGAACCUGGACACCUUCGACCACAAAUAUGUCAAUUACCCCAACAAGCUGUGCACGGGACCCACCCCACCCUGCCCAUCUCCUCGGCCCAGCCUCUGACUGCUGUAAUCCCAGGCCAGGGGAAGCUCAGAACCAAAGCCCUCCCUCUGGGAAAUUCCUUUCCUGCACACCUGUCCUUCCCACAGCACUCCUGGGCUGUGGCUUCCUGGGCUGCCCUGUCUCCCCCGGGGAGGAGCCAUGGGACCCUCUG